AUGACACCCGACGACGACGACACCCUGAUCGCAUCACCAUCAUCCUCAACACUGUGGCACCCAUAUCACAUGACCUCGGCCCGUCUGGUCAGCAGCUACCUCAAUCUGCUUCUGAUCUUUUUCCCCCUGGGCGUAUGCGCUGCAUUGCUGGGUUUCCCGCCUCUGGCGGUGUUUGCGCUGAAUCUGCUGGCUAUUGUGCCGCUGACUGCGUGGAUUACAUUUUCAAUUGGCCAGUUAUCCUCGCGCAUCGGGCGUGUUGGAGAUGAGUUGCUCAAGGCUACGUUGGGGAAUCCGAUUGAGGUGUCGGUUGGCCUCAGUGCCCUCCGCCAGGGCCAGACACUUAUUGUGCAGCGGGCAGUGAUUGGGAAUAUCCUGCUCUAUUCGCUUCUGGUCCUCGGAUGCUGUAUAUUCGUCGUUGGAGGCCAGCACAAACGAGUCAAGUUCGACCGAACCUCCACGAAUAUCAUGCUGUCCUUGACCACCAUUGUAGUCAUUUCGCUGAUCAUUCCAACCAUCAUGUUGACGUUUCCGCCCGCCGACGAGGACGACGGUCUUGACGAUAGCUAUAUUCUGCGAGUCUCGCACGCCGCAGCCACCGUGCUGUUCCUUCUGUCGCUCGUGUUUUUCUACUUUCAGUUCUACUCGCAUCCUCACCUUUUCCACGUAGAAAACGCCCCGCAGUCACAGCUAGCCACCGGUCAUCGCCGCAACAAUGGCAGUGGCGUGUUGGGUCUGAACCGUUGGAUCACCGGCGUAGUCCUGAUUGCCGCCACCAGCGCUCUGGUUGUAUGCGUCAAUUUCCUGAUCCGCGGCAUGGACGACGUCUCGCGCACCCUCGGGAUCAGCUCGGCCUUUCUCGUAACGGUUCUGGUGCCUCUAAUCGGCAACGGGACCAAGAUCGUCACGAUCCUGGCCGUCGCAAAGCGAAACCCGAUUGAUCUCGCAAUCCGCGCCAUCAUCAACACCAACCUGCGUCUCCUCAUGCUGAUUAUGCCCGCGUUGGUGCUGGUCGGCUGGGUGUUCGACCAGCCCUUGACGCUGCAGUUUGAUCUCUUUGACGCGACGAUUCUUUUUCUUGCCAUCAUGGUGAUGAACUACCUGAUCCAGGACGGGCGCAGCAAUUACUUGGAGGGUCUGGUCUUGAUGGGCACCUAUGUCAUUGUUUCGGUGGCUUUUGAGGUUCGGCCGAUGGCGCCUGACGAUGUGAUUUACUUACCAUCACCACCACUCAGCAUGGAGCCCAGCAACAACAAACCCAAAAGGGGCGGCCCGAUGCCGGCCGACGCAGCGCCGCCUCCUAUCAUUACGAUAAGUACCGCCGACUUGUCCUCACCACAAGAGUCGUCGUUAUCAUCCCCUAUCACCACCACCAUCACAAAUAAUGAACCGCCGUCGCCAGAUAGCGGCGGCCUGCAACCCGCAGCCACCUCUCACAGUCUGUUUCUUUCCGGCGACGGUAGCAGUUGCGCUGCCGUCGCCGGAAGACCAAGGGUGACUUCAGUGACCUCGCUGUCCGACGGCGAGACCAUGGUAGCAAGCAGCUCGCAGUGCGGCUCCUGUCGCACUCGCAGCACUUCCGAAGUCACCGCCAUCUCCAUGGCGUCGGACUACCAGAAACGCCGCGACUCGGUCGUCUACAACCACAACUUCCACCCGAGCGACGACGACCACUCCUCAUUCGGCAUUGCGCCCGACGCCCUGGACGCCCUGUUUGCAGAAAGGAGUGUCGAAGAUCUCUUUUCGCUAGGCGGCGUGUCCGGUCUGGCAUACGUCUUGCGAAGUGACCGCUCUUUCGGGAUUCGAUGGGAAGAGCGGCCAGACUGUCUGGCCGGCAGAGUCAAGACCUUCGGUGGCAAUAGACUGCCAGAGAAAAAGAUGCAGACGCUUAUGCAGCUAAUGUGGAAUGCCCUGCAGGAUAGGGUGCUCAUCUUACUCACGGUUGUGGCUACUGUUUCCUUGGCCUUGGGCCUGUAUCAGACGUUUUGCCAGCCGCAUCGGCCCGGACAGCCCAAGGUGGAAUGGGUAGAGGGAGCGACGAUUAUGGCAGCCGUCGUCGUUGUGGUGGUUGUCAGUGGCUUGAAUGAUUAUCAGAAGGAGCGGCAGUUUGCAACAUUGAACAGAAAGAAAGAGGAUCGUACUGUGACUGCAUUGAGGUCUGGUAAGCCCUAUGAAUUAUCGGUGUAUGAUGUUGUCGUUGGAGAUCUCUUGCACUUGGAAGCCGGCGACUUGAUUCCAGCCGACGGCAUUCUCGUCUCAGGUCAUAACAUCCGUUGUGACGAGUCCUCGAUCAGCGGAGAAUCCGACCCGAAGAAAAAGAUCCCAGGCGACGAAAUCGCCAAACGAAAGAAACAAGGAGUGCCCCUGGGAAAGCAGGACCCCUUUAUCGUCUCCGGCUGCAAGGUCGUCGAAGGGAUUGGAACUUACAUGGUCACCGCUGUCGGAGAGCGCAGUACAUAUGGCAGAACGAUGAUGUCUCUUGUCGACGAGAACGAGCCAACGCCGCUGCAGCAGAAGCUGGCUACCAUGGCCGAUCAAAUUGCCAUUGCCGGCAUUACCGCCGCAGUACUGCUGUUUGUCGUUCUCAGUGCCAAAUUCUUAAUCCAGUUACCGGGGAACACCGCACCGCCUUCAGAAAAGGGACAGGCCUUUUUGCGGAUUGUGAUCGUUUCUAUCGCCGUGGUCGUGAUUGCUGUUCCUGAAGGAUUGCCGUUGGCCGUGACUCUUGCUCUGGCCAUCGCAGUCACGCGAAUGCUCAAGGACAACAAUCUCGUGCGAAUCCUGAGCUCGUGUGAAACCAUGGGCAGUGUGACCACCGUAUGCAGCGACAAAACAGGCACACUCACCAUGAACCAGAUGACCGUGGUCGCCGGAACUGUUGGCAUGCAGUUCGGGUUUGGGAACAGACCGGAGGAAACCGAGGCUUCAACGACCAUGGUCAAGCUGCUCCCCACUAGAGACUUUGUCUCGCGUCUCUCGGAACAAAUGAAAUUUGUCCUGUCUCAAUCUAUCGUCAUCAACUCGACUGCCGUGGAAAGCGAGAAGGAUGCAUUCAUCGGGUCCCGCACCGAAAUGGCUUUGCUCUCGUUCGCAAAGCAAUAUCUCAGCAUUCACAAGAUCUCUGAAGAACGUGCAAAUGCGGGACUGGUCCAGAUGGUGCCCUUUGAUUCCGAGAGGAAGUGCAUGGCGUCCGUGGUCAACCUCGGCGGGAUUCAUAGACUCUAUAUCAAGGGUGCUCCGGAAGUGCUACUGGAAAAAUGCUCCCAUAUCGUCGUUGACGCAUCCUCCGACGAAGCCAGCAGCACCAACGCAGAGCCCCUGAGCAAGUACCAAGAUCGAGUCCCCGAGAUCCUUCGAGGCUAUAGCAAACACUCUCUACGAAUGAUUGGAUUCGCAUACCGCGAUUUCCCGUCUACCUGGCCCCCGCCCCAUGUUGACACUGUGGAGAACGAUCCCACGCAGGCUGUAUUCGAAGAUAUCAUGAAGGAUAUGACGUUCCUUGGGAUCUUUGGGAUCCAAGACCCUCUCCGUCCUGGUGUCACGACCGCCAUCGCCAAAUGCCGCAAUGCCGGCGUGAGCAUCAAGAUGGUUACGGGGGAUAACAUUGACACUGCCAAUGCGAUUGCAACUCAAUCGGGUAUUUUGGACCAUGAUGGAAUCUCCAUGGACGGACCAACUUUCCGCAAGCUGUCAAAGAGCGAACUCUAUCGCGUGCUUCCGCGACUCCAAGUUCUGGCCCGUUCCAGCCCGGAAGACAAGCAGAAUCUAGUCAAGGGGCUCAAGGAGCUUGAUGAGGUGGUUGCUGUGACGGGAGAUGGUACUAAUGAUGCGCCGGCAUUGACAGUGGCCGAUGUGGGCUUUUCAAUGGGUGUUUCUGGUACUGAUAUCGCGCUAGAAGCGUCGUCCAUCAUCUUGAUGGACGACAAUUUUUCUUCGAUCGUCAGGGCUAUUGAAUGGGGUCGCACAGUUAAUGAUGCAAUCAAGAAAUUCCUGCAGUUCCAACUCACCGUCAACAUCACGGCUGUUGCCCUUACAUUCAUCACCGCCAUCACAAGCGACCGUGAUGAAUCUAUCCUGACCCCCGUCCAAUUGCUUUGGGUGAACCUUAUCAUGGACACUUUCGCAGCCAUGGCGCUGGCCACUGACCCUCCGCACAAAAGCAUUCUCGAGAAGAAGCCACAACCCAAAUCCGCACCUAUGAUAAGCCUCACCAUGUGGAAGAUGAUUAUCGCGCAGUCCAUCUACCAGCUUUCCGUGACCUUGGCCCUCAACUUUGCAGGUAAUGAGAUCCUUGGGUACGAGGGGGCCGAGCAAGAGAGUUUGGAGACCGUGGUGUUCAACACUUUUGUUUGGAUGCAAUUUUUCAACCAGUACAAUAACCGUCGUCUUGAUAACCGACUCAAUAUCUUCGAAGGAAUCCACGAGAAUUGGUAUUUCCUCGGUAUCAAUCUUAUCACCAUUGUCGGGCAGGUUCUCAUCAUCUUUUUUGGCGGAAGUGCCCUGUCCGCCGUCAGACUGGACGGCACGCAGUGGGCCAUCUCCCUUUUCCUUGGAGCCUUCAGUCUGGUUGUCGGCGCACUCGUCCGCUUGGUUCCAGAUCGCUGGCUCGCGCAUCUUCUUGUCUGGCACACCAGGCUCGAAUCAGCACACCCUGACUCUGCUGGGCAUCUUGAUCACCACCGCCCUGACGAGUCGACUCCUCUGCUGGGCGAUUCGCGCCCGCGCCAGACUCAUUCUGGCCGAAUGGGCUGGAUAGGCUGGAUUUCUCAUUUCUUCAGGGCUCACACUGACACGGAAAGCGUGUGA